UUUGGGUACAUUUUUCAGAGGGAAACAAAUUCUGUAAAUUGAGUUGAAAAUGUUAUGAAACAACGUUAUUUUUCAGUUUUUUUGAAGAUCWAAAUACUCUAUGAUAAUGGCUGCUACUAUUGUGAAGGAAGGAGAGUACACAAUAACGAUUUAUGGCUUGAUAAAAAGUCAAAAGUUUCUUGAAGCUAUACAAAUUCUCAACAAUGAACUGGAAAACCAUCCAAAGUCCCGAGCUGCGUUAUCCUUGCUGGGAUAUUGCUACUUUCAAAUGCAGAACUUUGAAGCUGCGUCAGAAUGUUAUGGCCAGUUAACUCAAAUCCAUCCUGAAGUUGAUGAAUACAAACUAUACUACGCACAGUCUCUCUACAAAGCAUUCAUGUAUGCUGAAGCAAUGAAAGCAACUUUUCAAGUAGAAAAUCCUACUUUCCAAUACAAGAUACUUAAACUGCAAGCUGCUAUAAAGUAUGAAGAAGAAGAUUUACAAGGAGCAAAGAGUAUGGUAGAGCAGUGCUCCUCAGACGAUCCUGAUACAGAAGUGAAUCUUGGCUGCCUGUUGUUUAAGGAGAAGCAGUACUACGAUGCAUGUCAUAAGUUUCAGACAGCAAUGAAUAUUCUGGGAUAUCAACCAGAUUUGUCAUACAGCAUUGCGUUAUGUUACUAUCAUCUCAAGCAAUAUGCACCAGCACUUAARCACAUUGCUGAUAUCAUAGAGAGGGGCAUCAGAGAACAUCCAGAAUUAAGUGUUGGCAUGACAACAGAAGGAAUUGAAGUUAGAAGUGUGGGGAACACAAAGGUCUUGCAUCAAACAGCUCUAAUUGAGGCCUUCAACCUGAAAGCUGCCAUUGAAUAUCAACUGAAAAACUUUGAAGCUGCUCAGGAAGCCUUGACUGACAUGCCRCCAAGAUCAGAAGAGGAGCUUGAUCCUGUGACCCUACAUAACCAAGCAUUGAUGAAUAUGGAAUCACAACCAACUCAGGGUUUUGAGAAACUUCAAUUCCUGUUGCAACAGAAUCCUUUCCCACCAGAAACAUUUGGAAAUUUGCUGCUUUUGUAUGCUAAAUAUCAGUAUUAUGACUUGGCUGCUGAUGUCCUUGCAGAGAAUGCUCAGCUUACAUACAAAUAUCUACAACCAUAUAUGUACGACUUUCUUGAUGCUACUAUAACACAACAAACAUCACCUGAGGAGGCUUACAGAAAGUUUGAUGACAUGGCUACCAAGCAAACAGAAACAUUAAGAAAAUUGACAAAGCAGGUUCAAGAAGCGAGACAAAACCAUGAUGAUGACACUGUCAAGAAAGCUGUUAAUGAGUAUGACGAUGCUCUUGAGAGAUACAUACCAGUAUUGAUGGCUCAAGCUAAAAUCUAUUGGGAUCUGGAAAAUUAUAGUCAAGUGGAGAAGAUAUUUAGAAAAUCAGUUGAGUUCUGUAAUGAGCAUGAGCUAUGGAAGCUUAAUGUAGCACAUGUGCUGUUUAUGCAGGAAAACAAAUAUAAAGAAGCAAUUGGUUUUUAUGAACCAAUAGUGAAAAAACAUUAUGAUAAUAUACUAAGUGUUAGUGCUAUUGUUCUGGCUAAUUUGUGCGUCUCCUACAUAUUAACAAGCGCCAACGAAGAGGCCGAGGAAAUUAUGAGAAAGAUUGAAAAAGAAGAGGAACAGGUCGCAUACGAUGACCCUGAGAAAAAGAUUUUCCAYCUCUGCAUUGUAAACCUUGUACUAGGGACGUUGUACAGUGCAAAGGGUAACUAUGAGUUCGGAAUAUCAAGAAUCAUGAAGAGUUUAGAGCCGUAUAAUAAAAAGCUCGGUACUGAUACCUGGUUUUAUACCAAACGAUGCUUCUUAUCACUCAUUGAAAACAUGGCCAAGCACAUGAUAAUGUURCGUGACAGCGUGGUCCAGGAAAUCAUACAGUUUCUAGAACACUGUGAAAUGUAUGGAAAGAAUGUCCCUACUGUAAUUGAACAACCACUAGAGGAAGAGCACUUGCAUCCUGGCAAAAAUACAGUCACAUAUGAAGCACGGUUACUGAAGAGUCUGUUUCUGAGGCUUAUUUGAUAYGCAGGCYUAUUAACCAUACCAUAGAUCAGCAACAUUAUGCAUCACGAGAAGAUCUGGGAUGAAAAGGCCCAACACAGYGACCAAACUGYACAUGCKUAUCAUAUGAGCCAUUUAACCAUAUCUCCGAAAAUAAGAAAAAGAACGACAGAAAAAACGGCUUUAUACUUCCAUAUGUUGUAGUGGUGGCCAAGGACUACAUAACAUUCUUACAAAACUGUAUCAAUGAAAUUGUUGUGACUUCUGUAGCUAUGGCAAUUAUAUUGUAUCAAUUUUUAUUAGAUGGUUCUCAAUCAAUACCCGUCAAUAAUCGUGGUAAUUUUAAACCGUUCGCUUGUCAUUCUCUAUACAGAAAACUUCUUAUAAUUUGAGGUAAAGUAGACAUUUUCCUGUCAUAUCAGUAGCGCAUGUACAGUCAUUUGGCCGCGGUGUUGAGACGAGAGGAACUAGUGGUGUUAUUAAGAGGGGRAUGUAGAAAAAUGGCGUCAUUCUUGCAAGUCCCUGAUGUAUUUGUGAAUAAUUUAUUGAAUUAUUGUAAUAAAGGUGUAUUAUUGAGAUC